AUUAUAAAAUAUUUUUGUGUCAAACACAUUCAAGUACGGAAAUAACCAGGCAGGCAGUUCAGUGUGUAAAGGAAUCUGGAAUACACAAUGGAACGAAAUACAGCUGUACCACUUGCCACGUCUAGCAUGAGUUCUCCUGCAGCAGCUGCCAUUAAAACAGAAUAUUCAUCGUCUGCAUCCCCGUCGUCGCCCUCAAUUGCUGCGGAUAGUAGGUCAAACAGACAUUUCACCAGAACAUCGGGCAUCACUAAUAACUGCUCUUUAAAUGCAGCAUAUGCCACCCUUCUUAGCACACCAAAGAAACAUUUGUUGGAUACUGUAAUGCUACAGACAAUACGAAAGAAACUGGCAACACCGGGUGGUGUGUUUGAACUACAAUCCUUGCGUCUGGACUGUACCGUCGACUCUGCCGUGAAAGUAAUACAGGAUAAAUAUAUAAUAUGUGCGAGAUCAAAACAUGCGGGCGAGUCCAAGGGCCAGUCGUGCUACCGUCAUUUGGUAGACAUGAAUAUGUCGAAUCUUGUAUGUACGGAUAUUUAUACGGGAGAACAGUAUGCCGUGAAAAUAAUCAACGAGCCCUUUCACAAGGUGCAAGAAGCCUAUUUCAAACUACAACUAGAAGGUGAAAAGCGCUGUAGCAGCAUCUAUGGCCAUCAAUUGAUACGCGAAGUACAUGAUGUUGUUCCAAUGGAUAAACAACGAACAUACAUCAUUUUAGCAGCCGCCAACAAGAAUUCGGAAUCCAGUAGUAGCCCAGUCUCAGAGGUGUAUGAGGAUUUGCACACAUACCUCAGGGAAAACCACCGACUUUGCGAGACAGAAGCACGAACGCUAUUUCACCAGAUCUGCGAAACUGUUCUUAUCUGUCACAGAAAUGGAAUUAUACUACGUGACCUUAAACUCAAACGUUUCUUUUUCAUAGACGAAGCAAGAACAAAAUUGCAAUAUGAAUCUCUGGAAGGCUCAAUGAUUCUUGACAAUCCAGAAGACGACACACUAAGCGAAAAAAUUGGCUGCCCACUAUAUACUGCACCCGAGUUGCUCUGUCCAGAACCAAAGUACAAAGGCAAGCCUGCCGAUAUGUGGGCAUUGGGAGUUAUAUUGUACACCAUGCUUGUUGGCCACUAUCCAUUCUUUGUAAAAGGAAACAGCAAUCUUAUUUCUAUUAUUCGACAAUGUUUUGUGCAGCUUCCGGGCCAUUUAUCACGUUCUGCCAGGUGGCUACUAUUGGCGCUACUGCGGAAAAACAUAAACGAUCGAGUGCCAAUAGAACACAUAUUUCUGUCCCCCUGGUUAAAGGAGCAGAGGCCAUUUCACAUGUACAUACCAGUUGACGUCGAAAUUCCCGUUGAAGAAUCACUAGGAGGAAAUAAUUCAAUGGAUUGUGAAGAUUCAGACGAAGAUGUUGGCGUGCAACCUUUGGAUUAUUCAUGUAAUGGUCUCAGCCUCAAUUGCAGUUAUUCGUAUGCUGAAAUGGGUUGA